AAGUCCUAAAAACAAGAAAACCAAAAACAAUUGCAGCUUCAUUGCCUGGCAUUGGUUGGCAUGCACCCUUUCCGUCUCUUUCCUCGAACUCCCUACUCCAACUCUUCCAACCUAUAUAUUACGUUUCAUCUUCUAUAUAAACCCCACAUUCCCAUUAAUUCAUUACUUCAUCUAAUCACAGACGAGAAGAGGUGGUCGAUCCAUUGACGACGAUUGAAGUUUCUUGACAGCAUCGGCAACAAUGGCAGCCCGUAAGGCGGUGGAGUUUCAGGACAUGCUGCCGGCGAUGGCCCGGAAGCUGGGAGGGGAAGGCCUGAUCAGGGAGCUUUGCAAUGGGUUCGAGUUGUUGAAGGACGGAGACAAGAGAGUGAUUACGUGCGAGAGCCUGAGAAGAAACGCCGGAAUUCUUGGGCUGGAAGGUUUCAGCGACGAGGAGUUGCAGGGCAUGAUCGGAGAAGGAGAUUUGGACGGCGAUGGUGCUCUGAAUGUGUUGGAGUUCUGCGUUUUGAUGUUCAGAUUGAGCCCUCAGUUAAUGACCGACGCUCGGGCAUUGUUGCGCGAAGCUUUUCCACCGGAUCUUGCUUGACUAUUGUAUAGAAUGGAGAUGAACAUAUUCUUUUUUGAUCUUUCCUUAAUUUCUGCAAGACAUUGUUUACAUGGAUUGGAUUGGAUUGGAUUGGAGGAGGAAAUUGACCGACGAAUUGUUCAUAAAAUUUCACAACAAGGUGUUGGGCCGAUGAUUGGGUUGGGUUACAAUAGGUAUAGUCAAUGGCUGGCUGGCUGGCCCCAGUAUCCUUUAUCGAAAUCAACCUCAACCAUAUGAGUCAGGUUGCAGGCUCUCAAUUAUGUAAUUCUUAUUCAACCAACCCCAACAAGAAAGCCAUCAAAAUCCAAAACCAUUCUCUUAAUUAGUGAACCCUAGUUUCUCGACUUAAAAACCCUUUAUAUAUAUAUAUAUAUAUAUGUUGUGGAGAGGAGUGGUCCAUGUUAUGAAUGUAUAAGCACAAGAAUAAAAUAUUUUAAAUUAAGAGUCACAUUAAAAUCAGGAAAUUUAUUUAUUAAAUGUACCCAUUGUGGAACAAAAAGGGGGAAAAUAAUA